ACGAAUCCAAAUAUUGUCAUUUUGCACAGUUUCUAAAUGAUUUAUUACUAUGGAAACCAGUUGACCUUAAAGAAUUCCUUCUAACUGACCCUGUUAAUAUCUCCGCAACUGAGACUACAGAUCAAGCUAAAGUUAAUGAGUGUGUUAGAAUUGCUUUAGACUUUGAAGAUCUAGAAAUUGCAAUUGAUUUAUGUGAACAUAAUAGUGGAAAACCUAGUAAAUAUGAUAUUUUCUAA